AUGUCCGGAUCCCCAGAUGGAAUCUAUGAACCGGGCCUGGUUGAUCCAGGUAUUCCAGUCUCCAACUCGACCAAAUCGUUCUGGCUCUCCCAAUCUGCACCUAUUGCUCGCACCCAAUCUCCUUGGAUCAAUAAUGCAGAUGUUGUGAUCAUUGGCUCUGGGAUGUCUGGGAUGAACCUCGCCCGAACACUAUACCAAAAGAGUGCCAAACUGAAGAUAGUUCUGCUCGAUGCUCGCGAUCUCUGCUCAGGUGCGACCGGUCGAAAUGGCGGACAUAUCAAGACAAUGAGCUAUAACUAUUGGCUUGACAGGAAAGCAAAAUAUGGCGUCAAAGAGGCAAUCUGUCUAACCAACUUCGAGCACAGUCACUUGGAGCAUAUGACAGCGACAAUUCGGGAGAGCGAGCUCAACUGUGAGCUGAACCUGAUCGAAGGAAUCGACGUGUACUAUGACAAGUCCAACUUUGCAGACGCCAUUGCAGCUAUCAGCGAUAUGCAAAGAUAUGCACCAGAGCUUGCUUCCCAAUACACAGUGUACACAGACAAAGCCAAACUUGGCCAGCUGAACUGUUCCGAUCGAAGCAUUGGUGCAAUCGGUACCCCUGCAGCAUCCAUGUGGCCGUACAGAAUGGUAACGGGUCUUUUGAGCAGGCUUAUCACGGAAAACGGUCUUCGUGUGCAGUCCAACACAAAAGUUGUCUCGAUCACCGACAGGAAAGACGAUGAAUUCGCUGUCGUGCAUACUGAUCGAGGGAAUGUCAGGGCAAGACAUGUCGUCCACGCAACAAAUGCCUGGCUGGGUCAUCUCCUACCCGAGCUGCGACCGUACAUUUCUCCCGUGAGAGGCAAUGUAAUUCAUCAAACAGUGCAUUCACCACACAGAAACCUGGAAAACUCAUUUUGGCAUCGAUACUCGAGCAAGGACUGGGAUUAUCUGAUCCAGAGACCCUCGGGAGGUAUCGUGGUAGGCCGGGCUAGCACAGGUCGGCGGGCGACAGGCGAUGAUAGUGAGACGGAUGUCUGCCCUCAGAUUCAUCUUCGAGGCGUGAUGGCUGAGAUGUAUAGCCACGGUCACUCGGCAUCAGAAGUCAGCCAUGCGUGGAGUGGUAUCCUCGGAUAUACACAGGAUGGUUCGGCCUUUGCUGGCAGACUUCCUUUCAGCAACAGAGGGCACCAAUGGGUAUGUGGUGGGUAUCAAGGUAUUGGUAUGAUCAAAGCUUUCAGGAUGGCGGAGAUGGUGGCUCGUAUGAUUGUUGGAGAAGAUGUUUCUCAGGAAUGUCCUACCUCAUUUCUUGUCACGGAAGAGCGGAUGAAGAAGCUGAAGCAAUCCCUCUCGGCAAAGCCAAGUCUGUAA